AUGAAAUUUUUUAGAAAAUAAUUGUUAAUAAUCAUAAGUCUAAUCAAUCCUUCCUUUUUGUUAUAUCAAAAUUUAUUGCUUUCCAUUAAUAUUAUACUGAUACUACUCAAUCAAUAUUUAAAUCAUCAUAAUUAUUACAAUAUGUAGAAACUAGAACAAAUAUUCAAAUAUCUACAAUGGUUGGCAAUAUAUUCUGAAUUAUCCUUAGAUUGUUUCUAAUAAUAAAUAUGUGCAUAAAUAAUAAUACUAACUGAUACUGAUAAAGUAUUCAAAAUUAUUGUAGGUGUUGGUUCAUCAAUAAAUUCUAUUUUGUAGCCAAAUAUAUUUAAAUUUUACUAUACAAUUCCAUAUAUGUUUGUAAUAUUAAGUGUAAUAUUAUAUGACAGCAGAACAAGUUUAAGAAAAGAGAAAAAGGAAUCAAUUUAAAAUUAAUAGACAAAUCUAAUAACUUUUAAAUAGAAAUCAAAUUAAUUUGAUAAAUAAUCAUCACAAUAAUAGAAUCAAGAAAAUUUAAAUCGUUCUCCUGAAGUAGAUUAUCCUGAUGUAAUGAACAGUCCUAUAAUAAUGGAUUUGUAAUGUAAUGAAGAAGAUGAUGUAUUAGCUUAAAUGUAUUUAUUCUCUAUAUUAUUUAUUAGGGCUUGGAUUCAUAAUUAAUCCAUUUUGGUUUACAAUUAAAAUUUUGAAAUUGUUUAUCAAAAUUUCUUUCUUGGAAAACUGGAUAAAAAUAAAAAUAAAGGAUUACAAAUAGAUUAUGAAUCAACAUUUUUGGAAUCCGUCAUUGUGAUUGGUAGUCGUGAAGUCAAUGAUUUAUUUGAAAAUUCUGAAAUUGACUUAGAUUAAGAUAAGUAACAUUGAUCUAAUGAUUAAUAGUUCUAUAUAUUUGGAUAAUACAAUACAUAGUAGAUAUAAAAUUAAGGGAGGAUUACAUAAAAUUAGAGAGAUGAUAGGAAGAUUAUAUAAUAAUUAUUCAAAGUAAAUAAACAAUUAAUUUUAGAUGGAAAUUUUUUACAUUCUAACUUUUCAAGAUUAAGAACGAUGAAUUAGAUUUUGAUAACUUAAACAUAAAAGUUUUAGUAACAGAAGUGAAAUAGAAACUUUAUACAAUGUUUAUGUUUGAGCCUGUUUAAAAAGCAACUUCAAAAAGAGUUUUGGAUGAGCCUCUUUAAUUUCAAAAUGUAUUUUAAACUUUUUUAUCUGAAUCAACUAAUUAUAUAAAUGCUAUACAUUUAUUGAUUUUACUAUGUUCUCAUGACAUAGAGAAAAAUAAUGGAAAAGUUUAGAAAGAUUAUUUAAAAUAAAUGCGUAUGAGCACUUAAAAAUUUAUGAUGUUUUUAAGUACUAUGAAAGAUUUGACUUUAUAAUUGAUAAAUUAACUUACAUUUCGUAAUUCAACAUUUAAAAUAACUGAUAUUUUGGAUGAAUUACAAUUAAUUUAUGAUGAUUGCUUAAAGAUUAAGGAGAUAUCAAUAAUACCUAUAAUAGACUAAGAUAUGUUAGUUUAUAAUGAUUCUGAAAGAGUAAUAUAAAUAUUAAUUGAUUUGAUAGACCAAAUAAGUUUUAAAAUGUUUAUUUGAAAUUGCAAUAAAAUACACAGUAACUUAAAAAAUAAGAAUUGACAUUCAUUAAGUUUCUCCAAACAAUUUUUAAUUUUAAAUAAAAGAUAUUCCAUUUAGAGAUGAGAUUUCUUAAUUAGGUUAUUCUAAUGUGUUAAAAAAUACAUCUUAAUUAAUGAAAAAUAAUUGUAAAGAUUUUGAUAUGAGUAAUCUUUUGGAAUUAUAAGUUUCUGCAAUGAUAGCAUUUUUAUUAUCCGGAUCACUUAGAAAACCUUUAGAAUUAAGCUUUGAUAAUAAUAUGUCAGGAACAUUUACAUUUACUGUAGAAUCACUUUCAAUUAAUAGUAAAUAAUAAGCAUGUUAUGCUUAAUAGAUGAAAUUUAAAAGACCUUUUGAAACAUCUUUAUCAAUGCUUUUAGCCUAGGCUUAAGAGAGUUCUCAUUAUAAAAAUGAAGAAUCAAAAUAUAUGUCAUUUACUUAAAUAUCCAAAUAAUAUUCAUUAAAACCUGACACACAAUUUGAUUUAUAAAGUGCUCAUUUUUCAUAAAUAUCUAAAAUUAAGUAAGAAUCACCACAAAUAAAACCAUUGGGAUCUCAAUAUUAAAGUAAUUCAGGUGGAACAAUUAAAUUUUAAGAUUCUCAAUUUCCGAAAAGUUUGAAUAAUAAUCCUUCAAGAAUAGUUAAAAGUGAAUCAGGUGUUAAUAAUUCAUCAAAACCUCCAACAAGUAGUUUAGAUUUUGGAGAUAGUACUAAUCCUAAUUUAGAUCCACCUGAAUUAAAUCCAAAAUUCUUAUAAUCUGUAAUUAAAUAUAAAUUAACCAAUCAAUGUUGUUCAAAAGUGAUUAUUGCUGAUAAUGACUAUUUAAAUGUAUAAGUAUUAUAGAUUCUAUUAAAUAAAUAUGAGGUAAGAUCAGAUAAAGCAUUUACUUAAUAAUAAAGUUUAUCACUUAUUAGAAAUAAAUAAUAAAAUCCAUGUAGAUGUAGAAAUGGAGCUUAUUUAUUAUACUUUAUUGAUGCAUAUCUACCUGUAAUAUUUUGAUUAGAAUUUUAUAGUAAAGUGGAGUGGAAUUAAUAAAAGAAAUAAAGAAUUUAUUUAUAAGUCAAUAAAUAGACAGAGGAUUCAUAAUUGCAAUGGCUAGUUACAGUGAUAUGGAGCUUAAAUUAAAUUGUUUUAAUUCAGGAAUAGAUUAUUUCAUUGCAAAACCUUUUGAUUUGUUUGAAUUAUCUGCUAUUCUCUAAUAUAUAUAAUUUUGA